UCUCUUCAGCAAUAAACCUUAAAUUUUCAGGUGAAUGUAUAUCGAGGAGCUGAGCGCUUAUUCUACCGAGGGGUAAUGGGCUGUGGGGCCUGGCUGCCGGAGGUCCACCUUCAUUACCUUUCCGGGUCCCCGGCUGGCGGUACCCAACCCUGCCUCCUCAGCUUGGAACUCCCUGCCUCGGCUAGCGUGGUUGUUUAACAUCGUCGCCACGGAGACGGCGCAGGGGCUUCUGGGAAGCCGGGGUUUGGAGCCCAAGCCGACGGAAACACCCGGGACCCUGUGAGGCGCGGUGAAGAGAGGGGGACAAGGCGGUCGCGGCGAAAUGAGUUUCCCUGAGGAGGCGGCCGCGACUGUGAGACCAAUGCCUGAACCUUCUACACUAAGUUAUCGCCACCAGGACCGAGAGCACUUCCGUCUCCAGGCAGCGCCUUCAGCUUCCCGAAGCCAGGCUUCCCAGUGACGUCAUUCCCUGGUACUUCCUGUUUCCGGUCGAAGUCUUCAACUCACCUGCAUGUUUUCACUGGGCUCCUAACGACUGCUGGUGAAGGGAGUAGGUCACCGCUGAGGAAGCAGCAGGGAGUUCUGUCAGUCAUCAUGGGUAUCCGGGGACUAAUGAGUUUUGUGGAAGACUAUAAUAAUGAAUUCUUCACUGAUUUGAAAUUGCGGAACACCAAAAUUAUCAUUGAUGGCUAUUCUCUUUUCCACCGGCUUUGCUUCAAUUCAAACUUGGAGCUCAGGUACGGCGGGGACUACGAUUUGUUUGCAGAUGUUGUGCAGAAAUUCUUUGAAUCACUGUUUGCUUGUCAUAUUUGUCCAUACGUUGUACUAGAUGGAGGAUGUGACAUUUCAGAUAAAAAGCUGACAACUCUGAAGGAUCGGGCCAGGGAGAAGAUCCAAGCAGCCCAUUCCCUUUCUGUUGGUGGGGGUGGGAAUGUGUGUCCCUUACUCACCCGAGAAGUGUUCAUUCAGGUUUUGGUCAGGCUUAAGGUAUGUUUUGUGCAGAGCUUCUCCGAAGCAGAUCGGGACAUUAUGACACUUGCCAAUCACUGGAACUGCCCUGUGCUAUCAUCAGACAGUGACUUUUGCAUUUUUGACCUGAAAAGUGGAUUCUGCCCUCUGAAUAGCUUUCAGUGGCAAAAUCUGAGCACUGUUAAGGAUACGCAAGAUUACUACAUUCCCGCCAGAUGCUUUUCCCUCGGCGCAUUCUGCCAUUACUUCAACAACAUGAACAAAGCUCUGUUACCUCUCUUUGCGGUUCUGUGUGGAAAUGACCAUGUUAAUCUGCCCAUCAUGGAGACAUUCAUAAAUAAAGUGCGUCCCCCCUUUCCUUCUAAGGGGAGGAGAUAUCACCGGGUUCUGGGACUCCUAAACUGGUUGUCUCAUUUUGAUGACGCCACGGAAGCACUAGAUAAUGUUCUGAAGUAUCUCCCCAAAAAGGAUCGCAAAAAUGUUAAGGAACUUGUCUGCUGUUCCAUGGAGGAGUACCAGCAGUCCCGGGCAAAGCUGCACGACUUCUUCCGCUGUGGUACUUACGUCUGUACAGACGCUCUGAAUCUGGGUUUACCAGAGUGGGUCCGAGCAGCUUUAGCCAAAGGCCAGCUACCACCCUUCAUCAGUGAUGCUUUGGUGCUGCGAAGGACCUUUCUUCACACACAGGUAGAAAAUAUGCAGCGGCCAAACGCCCACAGGGCGUCUCAGCCCAUCCGCCAGAUCAUCUAUGGUCUUCUGAAUGCCUCAUCACACCCAGAAGACACAUCCCAGAAAGCACUGCCUUCUCAGCUUCUGGCUUUCAGUGAAGUGGAAAGGAUUAGUACAAAUAUCAAAAUAUCAAUUGUUUAUGCAGAACAGCUGCUCAAGGAUCAUUCUGACUUGAGCAAAUUGAAUGAGCUCCCCCUGGCUAGGCGGCAGACGCUUCUGUUAGAAGCCCUGAAGGUCACGCAGAUGGUCCUGGAGCCCAUCCCUACUUUUCUGAAGUUGCCCAUUGCUGUGACUUGUUACUGGCUGCAGUCCACAGAGGCCAAGGCAAAGCUCCAUCAUCUGCAGGCCUUACUGCUGGGGAUGCUGAGGGGGCCCCUGCAUGCCAUCAUCAACAGCCCUGGUAAGGAAGAUCCACGGGUAGGUGGUGCCAAGACGUUGUAUGAAGAAUUACAACGGGUGGAGGUGCCCAUGCGGCCGUGUACAAGACUGGAUUUAGACACAGCUCAUGUCUUCUGUCAGUGGCAAUCCUGUCUCCAGAUGGGGUUGUAUCUCAACCAGCUACUGUCCACUCCUCUUCCAGAGCCAGACCUAACUCGGUUGUACAGUGGAAGCCUGGUACAUGGACUCUGCCAGCGACUGCUAGCAUCCACUUCUGCAGAAAGCCUCCUGACCCUGUGUCCUGAGGCAAAGCACCUUUAUGAACAUCUGUUCAAUGCCACAGGGUCAUAUGCCCCAGCUGAAUUAUUUUUACCAAAGGCUAAAUCAAACUCAAAAAAAAGGAGGCAGAAGAAAAAGGUUGCCAGCCUAGGAACCACUUCAGACACCAGGCCCUGGUAUGACAGAAGCAAUCGGUUUGGGCUGUUAAUGGUUGAAAGCUUGGAGGAGCACGUGGAGAACUCGGAGCUUAAAUAAACUGUCUGUAGUACACGAGAUUUGCAGUUACAACUUAAAUUUUUUCCUUUUUUUCCCCCCUUGAAACUAAUUUUUCUUCAGGACUAACCUAUUAUGGGAUAAAGCUUACAAGAGAUCAUCUGAAUUCUAAGGUUUUGUACUGUGCUUUUAAUACAGCCUGAUUUAAGAAAUGUCUGCAUCAUUUGUUUACUUGUAUGUGUGUUGGGGAUGUGAGAGCCAUGGUACUUGUAUAGAAAUCAGAGAGCAACUUGUGAGAGUUGG